ACAUCAGGUCGGGAAAUCGAAACAAAACUCCAUCGAUCAGUCACUUUGAGUUGGGCCGAAGAAGAAGCGAGGAACCUUGACAGAAAUCAAAUCGGAUUGGGAGGUCCUCCAUGGGGAAGAGGAAGGAGGAUCAACGGACGGACUACGACUCGAGCUCCAGCUCGAGCUCGAUCUCUUUCGACGCCAAGCGGAAUAGGCCUCGGGACUACCAGAAUGGGGAGAAAAGCAGGACAAACGACGGGACGCCUUGGGAGGGGUUUGGAGAUUUCCUUCGUGACGCAGUUAUCGAACUCAAAGACACCAUACAGGUUAAGUUGAGCACGGAGGGAAAAUUCAAAAGAAAAAUUGAAAAGAUUAAGGAAAAGAGAAAAAAAGAUAAGAAGAAGCAUGAAGAAGAUCUCAGAAUACUCAAGCAAGAGCUCGCAAUACUCAAGGAAAAUGUCAGAAUACUCCAAGAAGGUCACCAAGAUCUCAAAUCAAAAAUCGGAGGGAUGCCAAAAGAAGGGCGUGCUGAAGUUCAGAGAUCGCAGCUAAGCCAAUCAACAAAUUUUCGACUAGUAAUCGAAAAUAGCAUAAUCACACCUAUUUACAAAAACGAAACUGUACAGACCGAAGGUGGUGGAGGUCACAUAAGAGUUAUCAUGUAUGAUGGUGGUAAUCCAAUUGCACCUGACCACCCUCUUGCUUCAGCUAAAGUUGACCUAGUUGUCAUUGAAGGACGGUUCAAUGAACCUAAGCGAGAUUCUUGGUCUAAAGAAGAGUUUGAGAAAAGCAUAAUAAAACCGCGAGACGGAAUGGUAAGGCUAGUGAAAAAUGGUACAUUCAAUCUGAUUGAUGGGAGUCAUGAUCAUCCAGGUACCAUUAUUAUGGAUAAUUCGCAAAAAAAGGAAGUUAAGCUUGGAGUAAUGAUCGCAAUGCAUACAGAAGAAAGAGUUCUUGAAGGAGUAUCAAAUCCUUUCAAAGUGCAGGAAGGCAAGACAAAACGCUCAAAAGAGAAGGGUAAAAAACUUUGUCCUCCAGCUCCAACUCGAAACAUGGCACAACCAACCAGCACCCAGACAACACAAAAUGGGCAAGCCCUAAACAGCAAUGGUCAAUAUUUUUAUCAACAAACUCCAACCCAACACUUGGGGCAGUCAACCAGCGUGUACUCAAUGCACCAUGACGGAGUUUACCAUUGGCGACAAGCUAGCACUCAAAACCAAUUGCAGGCAGUAGUUAAUCCACAUUUAUCUGCCCACGGACAAGACCAGGACACUAGUUUUCCUUAUGGAAGUUCUGAACUUGCACAUCAGCAUCCUUUAGAGGAAGAUUGGUUGAGUUCUAUUCAGCCGUCUUUCAACCCCGAAGAUGUACCCUAUUCAAAUGCCGAUACACAGGUGGUAUUGACUUAGGAGCAGAAGAUGUUUCUAUCAAGUGGCGCACAGCCGGAGACUGUCGGAAGGCGAUGGAAGGGACGCUCACAUCGACCCCGUGCGAGCAUGACAUAUUGAUUUCAAUUGGAAAAAUAUUAACAAUGUAAAUUAUCUUAUAAGUAUGAGCAUGAGCACUCUUAUGAACUUGUGAUGACCAUUUUCUAGUCCAGUGAUUGGCAGAUUGAUGGUAGUGUACUUUUAAUUGAAUUACACUCAGAGUUAUCGUUGUUCAAGAUUUUAGUGCAAAUCUGAUAGUAGGCAGUCCGGUAGUAUCCAUUAGAAGUAUGAAAAUCGUAGUGGUGGUUCUUAACUACUUGUAAAUAAAUCAGUGAUUUCCGCUUGGGUUGUGAUGCCUGGAUGAUGUCCAGGAGGAUACAUAUCUGGAUAAGCAUCUGCAGCUUGCA